UCAAACAACAAAUGAUCAAAUGUAUUUACGAUAUGAAACUUCCAGGUAUAGUUGAGGCAUUUGAGAUCUUCUGCCAAUAUGCUUUUCGUCAAAAAAACUCCGGAUGCUGGUUUUUAUGGGCUUGCUUGGGAAGUUACUGAACUUGCUGGUCGUCUUCCUCUAGGUCUGAAAGUCUUGGGAUCGUAUCCAGGGACGAGUGGAAAAAUGCGAUACCAAGGCUCAAGUCUAGCCUUGACAAAGGAAUUGAAUCAAUUCUAAUGUUUUGGCUACAACAGCUUAAAUGAUGAUAAAGAUAAAACUCUUUUUCUGUAUAUUGCAUGUUUCUUUUGGUUUUGAGGUUGAUAGCGUUAAACGUUGUCUUGAAGAUUGUGAUUUGGAUGUGGACCAUGGGCUUCAUAACUUAGAGCAGAAAAGUCUCAUAUCCAUUGAAUACGGAUAUUUAGAGAUGCAUAGAUUACUGCAACAAAUGGGUAGAGAUAUUGUGAAGAAAAUGACGGAGGAGAUUGGAAAGCGACAGUUCUUGACGGAUACAAAGGAUAUUUCUGAUUUACUUGAAGAUGAAGAUACUGGUACUACUGGAAACAAAGUUAUAGGCUUAAAGCUAAAACUGUUCAUGUCAUGGAUAGAGAAGGAUCUCAGAAUAAGUAAAAGUGCCUUCAAGGGAUGA